AUGCCAAAGUUUAACUUUUUUCCAAAGGUCAAUUUUUUAGCUUACAUAAAAAGAAUUAAGUUGAGGUACAACCCAACUGCCGCAUACAAUGACAACUGCCGUAGCUUAGUGUAUCAUAUUGAAACGCAACAGAAAAAAGACAAAUUCCUGGAUCUGGAAUACAAGCUGGAGUUAAUUGAGUAA